AUGGCGCACAACCGACACGGUAGCCUUAAUGGCACCGUCGACCCCUCCAAGAACCCCACCCACAACCAGAACGACGAAACAGAAGAUACCCACUCGGACGACGAGCUCUCCACCACCUUAACAAGCAUCGACCAAGCCUCCACCGUGUCUGAAAUUCAAGAAUGUCUCGCAAACCUUACCAUUCAAGAAUCCAAGAUAUCCUCCCGUCUUUCUGCUUUACUGGCUUCCCAGGAUGAGCUCUCCCGUGAGCUGUCGAGAUUGGACCUUAUUCGAGCUAGGCUUGGCACUCAAGUUGUCGCUGCUCGAGGUCUAUCUGCUGGGAUGUUGUCCUCGGCGUCUAGUACAGCCUCUCGUAUAUCUUCUGCUGUAAAGCAGCUUGAUAUUGAACAGGAGAAUGUGCGCCAAACGCUUUCCUUCGUCGAAGCAGUCGUUGAGCUCAAAACCUGCGUUCUUGGGGUCUCGGGCAGUAUGGGUGCCGCGCAGGAUUGGGAAACUGCUGCGAAUUACCUCGCUCGCGCAGCAUUAGUACCAGAGCAUAUUUUACAUUCGGAAUUUGCGGAGGAAAUGGUUCCUACAUCCGAAGAACCGGAGCCACCGUCGAAAACUUUGUCGAACGCUGCGGAGAGUUUGUGUGGAUUGUUCUUAAGAGAAUUUGAUAAAGCUGCUAAAGCGGGUGAUGGGGAGAAGAUUACGAGAUAUUUCAAGUUAUUCCCAUUGAUUGGAAGGUCGGACACUGGACUUGAGGUUUAUGGUGGAUAUGUGUGUAGAGGGGUAGCGGAGAGGAUGAGGGCAGUAAGGGGUAGAAAGAACGACGGGCCGUCAUUUUAUGCAGGAUCUUUACAAUCGCUGUUUGAGUACAUGGCAGGGCUAGUGGAACGACAUACCCCGCUAGUAGAAAGGCAUUAUGGAGUUGGAAGAAUGGUGAAGGUUAUCGAUAAACUGCAAAUUGAGGUUGAUACGCAGGGUGGAAUUGUGAUUGAUAGCUUUUGGGAAGAGAGGAGCAUUCAGAGAAAGCUUUCGGACAUCAAAUCCUACGCUUUCUCUUUCCUAGUUCAAUCUUUCUUGUCCACACCAUCAGUCUCUGCUGGGACUCCUCGAAGCAGUUCGCCACGCCCAGGAGCUCUAGGCGCUGGGCGAAAUAGUGAAGAUGAUAGCGUCGAUGUCAAAGAAAUCGAUAGCCAUCUCAAUGAACUAGGGGUUAUGCUGUCACGAUGGUCGCUUUACUCACGCUUCAUAGCCCGGAAAUGCCUCCCUCCACCUACAGAGCCGCCUACUUCGCCAAAUGGCAACUCUCCGGAAGCACCUCUGGUCAUACCACCUGUCAUUAAAAAAUCGGUCCUCUCUACUAGGGUCGAUGCGAAACUAUCAACCCCCUUCGAAGUUAUGACUACGUUCUUCUUCCGCCGUUCCGUCGAGAAAGCCUUUCAACUAGAUGAACUACCUCCAGAACUCCACUUGAAUCCGUCAAGACCGCUGAGAAAUACCACAACACCAUACAUCACCUUAUCUGUCGACGACGUCAUGUACCUCGUCCGCAACGUCUUGAAACGAAGUUUAUCAACACUAUCAUCUGGUCUUGUUCUUAAGAUCAUUGCCUCAGUGAAACGAAUAUUGGAGGGCGACUUUGUCGGCAUGAUGCAGCGACGAAUGCAACACGAUAGCUAUCCAAAGAGCAAUAACGUCAAUUCACCACCACCGGAUGACAAGGUCAUCGCCUUUUGCGUAUUGACGAACAAUCUGGACGUUAGUAUUGACUACAUUACUCGAAUUAUUCAAACAUUCCUGGAACCAUCCGAGGAUAGCCAUGCGAGUGGGCCUCAACAACCUGGGAAGGAGAAAGAAGGGUUAGAGUCACAAUUCCCGUUUGUAGGAGAGGCGGAUAGUGUCAAGAACGCGCUAAAAUCGCUAGUGAAUGGAUUUACAUUAAGAGCGGGGAAUUUACACGAUAAUGCAAUUGAAGUUAUCUUCAAUCAAGUGAUUCGACCGCGGUUACGACCGUUGAUGUCAGAAAGCUUCUCGGGUAUAGAGUAUAUAGUCCGAGAAGCGGAUUUGAAUGGAGCCCAUCAGGGUGAUGAUGAAAGUGACGGAGAAGGAAGGGGGGCUAAUGCGGUUACAUCUCGGUUUGCGGCCGGGUUUCAUCACUUGGUAUUCCCGCUGAAGAGAAUUCUGACGGCAAAUAGUUAUGACAAGUUGCUGAGAACGACGGCGACUAGUGUUGCUAAUCUGUUAGCCAAAAGGUUAUGGGGAUUGGCGGGGAAGAUUAAUGAGCUUGGAGCGAUUAGGUUGGAAAGAGACGUCAGUGGGGUUAUUGGUGUCGUGGUGAGAGAGGGGAAGUACGGAUUGAGAGAUGAGUUUGUGAAGGCGAGUGAGAUCGUGAUGAUCUUGAACAUGGAGGAAGAUGAAGUGGUAGAAAUAUUAAGGAAGGAUAGUGAAGCUGAAGAGGAGAGGGAUGCGGAAGGGGAGUCAGCGGAAUGGAGACUGACGAGAGAGGAAAGAAGACGGGCUAGAGGACUGCUCAAGUACGAGGGCAGAUAG